AUGAGCUGGGGAUUCCUACGUGAUCUGCUGAGUGGAGUGAACAAAUAUUCAAUAGGAAUUGGAAGAAUUUGGGUAGCAGUUGUGUUCAUAUUCCGCUUACUGGUUUAUAUUGUGGCUGCAGAAAACAUCUGGAAAUAUGAACAUGAUGAAUUUGAAUGCAAUAUCAAGCAGCCUGGUUGUGAAAAUGUCUGCUUCGACCAUUUUUUCCCUGUCUCCCACAUCAGUCUUUGGGCUUUGCAAUUAAUCAUGGUCUCCACCCCUUCACUCUUGGUUGUUUUUCAUGUUGCUUACCGAGAGAAGAGAGAGAAACACCACAACCAGAAACUUUAUAAAAGUCCAGGAGAGAUAGAUGGUGGAUUGCUGUGCACUUACCUUAUCAGCCUUAUUUUAAAAAUGGGAUUAGAAAUAGUUUUUCUUGUUCUGUUUUAUAAAUUGUACAAUGGAUUCAAAGUACCACGUCUUGUGAAAUGUGACAUAAGACCAUGUCCCAAUACCGUAGACUGCUUUAUUUCCAAACCCACAGAGAAGAUGAUUUUCCUCUAUUUUCUGGUGGCAACUUCAUGCCUAUGCAUUGUACUAAAUCUAAGUGAAUUGAGUUAUCUCAUUUUCAAAUACUCCAUAAAAUGUUAUCUGAAGAGGUACAUCAAGAAAUGUCAAGGCUCAGAAAGUGAUUGCCACAAAUCAGGAAUCAUUGUCAGCAAGAGGCAGAAGAGCGCGGAUGGAGCCUGUGCCAUCAACAGAGCACAACCACCGAGUUUAUCUGCAAGAUCACAAUCUCACUUCCCUUUCAGAAAGUGCCUUGUUUAUUCAGUUUUUAAUGGUAUGGCAUAAGGACUCAUGUAUUUUAUAGAUAGAUACCAAAUUGGUAUUAUCAAAAUAAACCAUCUGUUUUAUAAACCCACUAUUUACAAAAACGGUUUCUGAAGUUUUUUUGUUUUGUUUUUUUUAACAAAAAUUAAACUAUACACCAAUCUAAGUUACAGAAACAAAAAUAACCUUUAUAAGAUCACAUGUAUAAAACAAGAAAUGAAAUGUGAUUUUAUUUAAGGCAAUACUGGGCUACUUCACAAAUCACCACCUCAAAUAUAUACACUGCUCCACACUACUAAUUUUCUAUCACAUUCACAACGGAUUCUUUAAUACCAAAUAUUGUUUUAAAUCUCCAAUGUAGCAAACUAUUUUUAUUCACAUUUCCAUUUUUAUUAUGGAAUCAUAAAUGCUUUGUAUCCAAUUAAAAGCAAUGAAAAAUGUAGCUAUAAGAAAACUAUUAUAUUUAUGAGUUAACUACAUAUGAGUAUCAUCCAUAGAUACUGGAUGUUAAAAUCUACAAAAAUGAGAGUGUGUCAGUACGUUUAACCUAUGAAAUGUGAUCUUAUCCAGCUCCUCUCCUGUAAAUAAAUGCUUUAUGCAAAAUAAACUGGAUAUGGCAGACUUAACUAGUUUUAGUUCAAAAGUUCUUAA